AGUCAGACAUUUUUGGCUUGGUUGAAAAAAAAUACUAUCAUUUUGUGGAAUUUAAAACCGAUAAAAUACGUGUGGAAAAAAAAUAAAAAGUGACAAAAAAUAAUCAUUAAAAAUGUCUCAACGUUUUCCGACCCCAAAUGUAACAGCGGGGCCUCAAGGUGGCCCUCCACAGAGAUAUCCAAUAAGACCUAAUUAUUCUCCUCAGCCAUUUCCACCACGCAAUUACACUCCACCUCCUCAAAUACAAGGAGUUUCCGGUCCUAAUCCACAGAGACCCUCGAAUCCGAAUUUUCAAAGACCGAUGCCUAACACUCCUGGAAAGCGUCCAGAUCGUCCUUUGAACGCAGGAGCUCCAAAAAGUGAAUAUGGCUCGGUGAAAAAGAAGAAAAAAUUAGCUGACAAAAUUCUUCCACAAAAAGUUCGUGAUCUUGUUCCAGAAUCGCAAGCUUAUAUGGAUCUUCUUGCUUUUGAACGUAAGCUUGAUGCUACGAUUAUGAGAAAACGUUUGGAUAUUCAAGAAGCACUUAAGAGACCCAUGAAACAGAAAAGAAAGCUGAGAAUUUUCAUUUCCAACACAUUUUAUCCAGCAAAGGAGCCUGUCGAAAGUGCAGAAGGAGCUGAAGGCUCCGUUGCAUCAUGGGAACUAAGAGUGGAAGGGCGGUUAUUAGAAGACAACAAAAACGAUCCUAAUAAGAUUAAAAGAAAGUUUUCCAGCUUUUUCAAGUCUUUAGUAAUCGAACUAGAUAAAGAUCUUUAUGGUCCUGAUAAUCAUCUCGUUGAAUGGCAUCGAACUCAUACAACACAAGAAACUGAUGGAUUUCAAGUUAAACGUCCAGGUGAUAGAAAUGUACGUUGUACAAUUUUGUUGCUUCUUGACUAUCAGCCACUUCAAUUCAAAUUGGAUCCAAGAUUGGCUCGUCUUUUAGGCGUACACACUCAAACGCGUCCAGUUAUCAUCUCUGCAUUGUGGCAAUAUAUAAAGACACAUAAACUUCAAGAUGCACAUGAACGUGAAUACAUAAUUUGCGAUAAAUAUUUGGAACAAAUCUUUGGAUGUUCUAAAAUGAAAUUCGCUGAAAUUCCUCAACGUUUGAAUCCACUUCUUCAUCCUCCAGAUCCGAUCGUUAUUAAUCACGUCAUAACAGUUGAAGGUGGCAUGGAAAACAAGCAGACAGCAUGUUACGAUAUUGAUGUCGAAGUUGACGAUACGUUAAAGAACCAGAUGAACAAUUUCCUGUUGAGCACAGCAAGUCAACAAGAAAUUCAAGGAUUGGACUCGAAAAUACAUGAAACUGUUGAUACCAUCAAUCAAUUGAAGACAAAUCGCGAAUUCUUCUUAAGUUUCGCUAAAGAUCCACAAAACUUUAUUCAUAAGUGGAUCGUUUCACAGUCUCGCGAUCUCAAAACAAUGACAGAUGUGGUCGGUAAUCCUGAAGAAGAACGACGGUCAGAAUUUUAUUAUCAAUCUUGGACUCAAGAAGGUGUUUCACGAUACUUUUUCACAAAAGUUAAUCAAAAACGGGCUGAACUUGAGAUGGAAAUUCAUCGAAUUCAAAACAAAUAAUUUCGUUCACUUAAUUUUAUUUCCUUUUUCUCAUUUCAUGUCUUUUUCAUUCUUUAAAUGUGACAGAAUUCUUUUUACAUAAAAUAUAGCAACAUAAGAUCUUACA